ACCCACUCAUGCCCCGUGCCCUCCUACCCCCGCCCCACGUGCCCAGUUGGCUUCGUCGGCCCUUUUAGUGCAUCCCCGACCUCUGCCUGGGCCCCACUGCCUCGCCGCGCCGCGCACACACACACACACACACACUCAGACAUACUCGCACACACUCACGGCGGUAACGUUCCCUCCAUAUGGACAGUGGUUGUGUGUGUGUUCUCGUGUUCGUCUGUGAUUAUGUGCUUACGAUGGAUUACUUUCCUCGUUUUGCGUCCUCCUUCUCGUCAUGCGUCAAACUGUUCCACAUUUACGACUUUGUUCUCCACCUACGACAAACUUCUAAACAUUGAAUUGGUGAACGAUCUCCCUCGCCUUCCGCUACGUUAAGAAUGGUGGAGUUGAUGAUUAAGUUGGUGAUGUUUUCUUAGUGCUUCUGUUGAAUAUUUAGUGUUUUCGGUGGUGCAGUGGAGGUGGUGUUUGUUCUGGUGUUGAUAAGGCUUGCAUCGGUGUGUUGUGACCCGUCUGUGGAUUAACGGCUGUGAGGUCAUGUGUUGCGAUCCUUGACCUUCACGAAACACCGCCACCAGUUCGACUCUUCUCGCUACAACGCCGUGAAGGCCAAGAAGACUGCGGGGGCACCUGGCACCCACCACACACCUCCCCCAAAAGGCCACCUCACUGACUCACCCCGCACACCCUGCAUAUCCCUUUUCUCCCUCACCCCCUCCCUGCAUAUCCACCUCACCCUCAUUCCCCCUGCAUCUCCUUUCUUUCCCUCACCCUCAUACAUGUUCUCCUCUCCCUCUUUCUCCUACAUAUCCUCCUCUCCCUUUCUCUCCUACAUAUCCUCCUCUCCCUCUCUCUCCUACAUAUCCUCCUCUCCCUCUCUCUCUCCCUGCAUUUCCUCUCUCCUCUCCUCCCUGCAUUUCCACCUCCCUCCCUUCCCCCUCCCCGGGCCGACACACUUCGCGUCUGAACCCUCAUUGUUGUAGUCUAUUGGCGUGUGACUCCGACUCGUUGCCAACCCCUCACAGCCCAUUGCUUCCCCCCCCCCUCCCCCCCUCACGCGCCACACCCCCAGCGCCAGCCACUGACCUCUGCCCCCCGUCACCCACGCCUCACCCACGCCUGCCUGUCCUCGCGUGUCAGGCUAGCACAGAAGGGCACUCAGGGCACAGUAGCUGGCACACCCACGCCCCGCCUAUUGGGUUACAUGGGGCUCGGUGGUACAUGAAAAGGAUACUUAGCAUAGCCCAGAGGACACAUCCACGCCUUACCAAUCCUACGGGACUAUAUGGGGCUUACUAAUACACGAAGAGGAGGUCAGGAUACCCUAAAGAACACACCCACGCCUCUUCACCCCUGCAGGACCACAUGGGGCUUGCUGACCACAAAGAGGAGGUCAGGAUACCCUAAAGAACAAACCCACGCCUCUUCACCCCUGCAGGACUUCGAGGAGCUCACUAAAACACGAGAAGGAUGCUCAGAACCCCCAACGAACAAACAUAACAUUGAAUGACAAAAGAACACUGACCUAACUGGAAACAAACAUCAAGAACACAGUAGACAAACGUAAGGUAAUCCCACAACAUCGCCAAGCCCAGACCCGCGGCGCUGGCCAUGAUGCAGGGCCUGUAGGAUGGGCGGCGACCGUAUCAUCAUUAGCAACAGCAGCAGGAGGCCGAUGAGUGCCGCUGAGGGCGUGAAGCAUCGAUAUGUGGUCUCGCUGGAAUCCCCGAGAGUACUCCCUUAUUCAAUACUUGCGUGAGUGCGUUUGGGGGCUCGAACGCGUGGAGUCUCGGAUCAACAUGCUGCGCCAUGCCUGGUCCACGCCCUGCAUGUCCCUGGAGGGGGACGAGGCCGGGAGCCCUGAGGGUGCCAUGACCCUGGGCGGCGACGGGCCUCGCAGCUGCCUGGUGCCGGACAGUGAAGACGAGGACUACCCGCCGGUUUGUCUCAGAUACCCGUCCUCGCACCGCCUCAGCUGCAUCCCUUCCAUGGACGGCGAUGACGAUGACGACGACGACGACGACGACGACGACGACGGGACGAUAUACACCCGGUCCAGCAAUGACAGCCGGAAGGAGUCGCAGGAGGAGGUGGUACAAGAGGAAACACCCACCGAGGACACGGGCGAGGAGCAGAACACCCCGCCGGACACACCUACCCCCAAGAUGACACCCACAGGUUCCCCCAAGACCCACCUCGCUCCCCCCGCCCGCCCCGACGCCCCACCUGUCCCCAUCCCUCCACCGCGGCGCCCAAGGGUUCUGUACAGGCACCGCAAGACAUCAAUGCCCAUACCCAUCCGCAUCCCCGAGGACAGAGUCGCCAGCCAGCCCAUGGGUUACCCCGCGGGCCUCACCAUGGGCGUCCACCCCGUCCACUCCACCAGCCAGCCCACCCGAUACUACUUCCCGCUUCCCCCCCCCCACUCCUCCGCCCACGCCCACCGCCCCCUAGCCUCGUCCGCACCUCACCCGCAGCGGCAUCAGGUCAGGCAGCUGGAGUAUGGCUCGGGCGGGCUGGGGACGCCGCUCUCCCCCACCGUGCGUCGCUCCGUCGAUGAGUCUGCCCUCUGGAGGCGGCGCACGGGGGCCUAUGCGAGCACCCCCUUCAGGCAGGCGUCGACGGAGGAGGUGCGGCGACGGAGGGAGAGCCUGGCCGCCAUGUCCCCCCACCACCGCUCCACCAGCACCCUCCACCACCCCGCAGGUAAGAAUGAGAGCACCUGGCGAGGCUGAUGGACAGGUGGGUGCAGAGGUGAGGAGGGUGAGUGUUGGAGAGACUAAUGUAUUGUGAUUGUAUUCUUCUAUCUUUGCUCUUUACUUAUUUAUUGUGUUUGUUAGUUGGACAUAUUGUUAGUUGUCCAUGUUAAUGCCUUGUGGUUAGUUAUCUAUGUUAGUAUGAUAUAUUAAUGUAUGUUUUCAUCGACUUUCAUACAUUCUGUGAUAGGAAGAAAUGUACACAGACCGUUAGGGAGUAAAGAUGAAAACGUUGCAUUUCCGAGGGGUUGUUGUCUUUGUGUACAUCCAUACGAAGGAAAUUUGAAGAUAAUUUCUUACUAUAAAUUUUUGCAAUGGAAGAUUUACCACACAUCAUUAAUAAACGCAGUGGAAAAAAGUGUUCCUCUGAAUGUAUAUUACAGUAUGUUAUGUAUUAUUUCGGACACGAUAACACAAGGAAUUGCAAGACUUUGACCUUUAAGAACACAAAGAGCUGCAAAAGGUCAUAAAGAACAUAAGAGCAUUAGGUGUUGCUGUAGGCGUUUAAGAACAUGCAAAUUUUACGUAUUAAAAUUGGACCGGAGUGGAAAAAGAAAAAGUGAAAAGCUGUUAUACUUUCCUGAUAAAAAAUGGAACUUCAAACAUUAACUUAAAGAAGGCAGUGAUAACGAGUGGACAAACAACGAUAGAUGAAAUAAAGAAAACAGUAGUAAAUAGUGAACAGAGAACGUUAAAUAAAAGAAAGAAAAUGAAAGCCUCUAACUUGACAAAAACAAAAACAACAACAACAACAACAACAACAACAAAAGAUUAGUGAUGCAAAACGGAGAAGUGUUGCAGAGAUAAUGUGGACAGGUGUGUGUAAGCGAGGUUACCAGGUGUGGUGCGUCACGCCCAGGUAGCUAAUGACUCACAGGUAUACAGGUGUUAGCAGGGAGGAGGGAAGGGACCGGCAGAAAAUACCUGUUUGUGUGUGUGUGUGUGUGUGUGUGUGUGUGUGUGUGUGUGUGUGUGUGUGUGUGUGUGUGUGUGUGUCACGUGUGUUGUGGUGUGACUCAGGGCAGCUUACCUCUCUGUUUUUUUACCUUUGUUUUACUGGGAAGAGUUGUAGCUUAGAAAGAAAAAAAAGGUGAGGAAAGAUGAGAGAAGGAAAGAAGGAUAGGAGGGUAGUAAUGUAAAAAAAUAAAAACGCGUGAAAAAAGGAGGGAAGGAAAGUGAACAAUGGAUGAAAAAUGAAAGAGAGGAAGGAUAAAAAGCGAAGACGGAGGAAAAAGAGAGAUAAAGGAAAAAAUAAAUAAAAACGUCGAGAAAAAUGAAAGGGAGGUAAAGAAAGAAAAGCUAAUAAAAAUCGAGGCACUUCUUUCAUCCACGAAUAAGAUAUAAAAAUGAAUUCACAAAUACUAAAAAAAAAUUUCCCACGGUUUAAAAAAAAAAAAUUUGUUUUCUGAGUUCCGGCUUGACUGCUGUGUGUGUGUGUGUGUGUGUGUGUGUGUGUGUGUGUGUGUGUGUGUGUGUGUGUGUGUGUGUGUGUGUAAAAGCCCUUCCUUUCUCUCACAUCUUGGAAACCUUGUCGACGAAUCUAUUGUUCGUGUGUUUACCUAUCUUACCUCCUCCUCCUCCUCCUCCUCCUCCUCCUCCUCCUCCUGCUCCUCCUUCUGCUCCUCCUGUAGGUCGUAUUUUUAAGGUCUUUCCUCCCUCCCUGACAGCGGGUGGCUCUGGGAAUAGCUAUAUAUAUAACGCCUUCGUCAGCGCCCACUUAGCAUUCUGGACCUGAAGGCGAGGCAGAGUUUGUUGAUUCCGUUUGCCAAUACCCUAUUCCUUUGCCUCCGCCGCCGCCUCCUCCUCUUCCUCCUUCUUACUCUUCCGUCUUAGUUGCAUCUGUUCGUCUCUCCUCUUCUGCUUUUUCGUUCUCCUUCUUUCUCUCUUCUUCUUUUCGUCCUCUUCUUCUACCUAGUUCUGUCUUCUCAUUUCUCCUCUUCACAUAUACCAGUACUCCACAUUUUUACUUGCUCCUCUUUCUCUUCCUUAUUCUUUGUGUUGUUCUUCUACCUAUUCCUAUCCCCUAAUUUCUUUUUUUAAUGGAUCCCUGAAUACAUAUAUACACUUUUGCUUUCUCCGCCUUCCUCCUCUUCCUCCUCCUUCUUCCCUUCUUUUUCUUCUUCCUUAAUGCUGUCCUCUCAUCUCUCUUCCUCAUACAUACCCUAAUCCUUUGCCUCUUCAUCCAUUCCCUUCCUUCUCCCCCUUCUUCUCCUCCUGUUCGUCCUCUACUACCUAUUCAUAUGGUAUCAGUUUUGAUCUUCAUAUAUACCGUACCCUACAUCAUUAUAUCUUCCUUCGCCUCCUCCUCCUCCUCCUGUUCCUCUUCUCCGUCUUCUUCUUAUCCUUAACCCUAUGUCCUCAUCUCUCCUCUAUUCCUCAUCUUUUUCCUCUUCCUCUUUCUUCAAUACCGUUACCUUCAUUCUCUCCUCUUCGUGUUUACAUAUUUUCUUCUCCCACUUUACCUCCUCCUCCUGGUCCUCCAUCUCGUCCUUCUAGUCGUCGUCUUCCUCUUCCUCCUCCUUCAAUACCGUUACCUGUCAUCACUUCUCCUCCUCCUCUUCAUUCUCCUCCUCCUCCUCUCCUUUCCUCUCAUUCUUUUCGCUUUCCUUCCCUCCUCUUUUGGACAUAUUCUCUCUCUUUGUUUCCUCGUUCUUCUCUUACUGGUUUUCUGUGUCGCAAUUUUCCUCCGCCUGUCUUCCUCCAUUCGAUGCUCUCCUUGUCUCUUUCUUUUCCUCUCCUCCUCUUCUUCUUCUCUCCCGAUCUUGCCUCCAAUAUAUCCUGUGUCACUGUCUUCAUCUUUCUUCUUUCUUCUUUCUUCUUCUUCCUUGUCUUUCUUUUUCCAGCAAUCUUUUUAUUCCUUUUCCUUCUUUCUUUCCUUAUAGCUCUGCGUGUUUACCUUUUUUUAUUUUCCUCUAUUCAUAUCUCUAUAUCUUGUCUGCCUUCCAUUAUCCUCUCUCUUUUCCUUUUUUUUAGCUUUUUUCUGACUUUUUUUUUUUUUUUUUUUUUACGUCUACGCCUAUAGCGGCGGUAGGCUUGCUUGAGGGGCCUGGAUGGUGUUCGGCCCCAGCCCGUCAUGGCGCAGGCAAGUGUUUAUAGUGGCGCCAUCUUCUCUUGGCUCAUGCUGCCCCCCGGAACUCGUUCUUGAUUCACUUGGACGGUUUCCUCUAGAGUCCGGGUUGAUGGGUGGUCUUCAGGACAGCAUGUGGGUAGUUUUAAGCCACUCGGCGGUGACUGAAAAAUCCCAGGUGGUAGCGUGGGGAUUCGAACUCGCGUCGUCCAUCACGUGGUGAAUGUGGGCCCAGCACGCUACCACUCAGCCACCGCCUACCCAUUUGCUGACUAAUUAUCUUCUUUUUCUUAAUUUUUUCUCUCUUCACCUUCUUAUUCCUCCUCCUGCUCCUCCUCCUCCUCCUCCUCCCGAUGAUGGGUAGUAUGAUUGCUUCGUAAAUCUACAUCUCCGUAACCUACUA